UCCUCCGUCCUACCUGUUCCUCGGUCCAGCGGUGUCCUGCUUCCAUCGGCUGUCUUCUCUCCCCGGUGCUGGCAUCUUCAGUUGCCCACUGCAUAUGCGGUUCCGCAGGCGGUUCACAGUUCCGUGUCCGCAGUCUCCGGUCAUCCCCGUUCUGCAUCCGCAGUCUCCGGUACCGUGUCCGCAGCAGGUCAUCUCCGUACCGUGUCCGCAUCUCCCGUACCGUGUCCGCAGUCUCCGGUCAUCUCCCGUACCGUGUCCGCAGUCUCCGGUCAUCUCCCGUACCGUGUCCGCAGUCUCCGGUCAUCUCCCGUACCGUGUCCGCAGUCUCCGGUCAUCUCCCGUACCGUGUCCGCAGUCUCCGGUCAUCUCCCGUACCGUGUCCGCAGUCUCCGGUCAUCUCCCGUACCGUGUCCGCAGUCUCCGGUCAUCUCCCGUACCGUGUCCGCAGUCUCCGGUCAUCACCCGUACCAUGUCCGCAGUCUCCGAUCAUCUCCCAUACCAUGUCCGCAGUCUCCGAUCAUCUCCUGUACUGUGUCCGCAGUCUCCGGUCAUCUCCCGUACUGUGUCCGCAGUCUCUGGUCAUCUCCC